CGGACCACUUAUGUAUAUGUGGUGGGGAGUGAAAGAAAAAAGUAAAAUAAAAAUCCCUAACGCGAUUCUGUGCAUGCGCACAUGACCCCACAAAACCUCGUGUGUGCAUGACGCGGCGGACUCGCGGAAGUGCAGUUAUGCCGUACCCGCCGAACCGUCCGGGACGCGACGACUUUCGACUGAACGUUUCGUCGGGAAAACGCCAUACCUACCGAGAAUGUGUCUCGAUCAUAUUACGAAAACAUCGUUUUUCCCAUUUUUAAAAAUAGUCAUAAUUAUUAAUACUAUCUGUUGAGUUAUUUCCAAGACGAUCGAGUGUCACUUGAAGUGAACAUCGAAGUUAGCAUAUAAUAGUAUAACAUAACAUAAAUGCACACAAGCAUGAUAAUCCAAACGGCCGCCUUCCGGUUGGUGGUCGAAAUCAAUAGCCAAGUGGCUCAGUUUCGGGAACUACUGGUGCACAUCGGUACGGCUAGAGAUUCUCCGGAAACAAGGGAAAAGAUCCGAAAGUUGCGAAGAGGAUGCGUGGAUACAUGCAAACACACAAGUCAAUUACUCAUACCUCAGAUGAGAGGGUCAAAUUUAGAAUCAUCGCUGUUGGAUCACCCCGAGUUGGCCCUGCUGUUCUACCUGUGCCAGAUGAUGUUACGAGAACUCGGAAAAUGUAGUCGUCUUGUACAGCUCAUACCGAUGGACAUGACCGGAUAUUUUGAAAACCGUGCCGGACCGUCAAACAUCGGCAACGUCAUCAGCCAAAUACUUUUGUGCAAACAAAUCCAACCGGACUUCAACCAAGAAGAAAUCUGCAGUAUAGCCAAAGACAGUCAAGACCUGGCCAGACUUAUCCAAGACAUGCAAGAAUUCCUUCCACAACAAGACACCGCAGCUGAAAAAAAUGCAGCGUUAGAACCAGAAAACAGCAAAUGGAAACGAAAAGGAAGAAGAAAUUCAAUAUACACCAAUGUCAGCUCAUGUUGUUGUUUUUGUAGGCCAACUUACCUUUGAUGUUUUAUAUUCGUUGUAUUAGAGCUCACACAACUAUUAUUUUUCCAAGCUCAAAAUAAAAACACCGUCUCUAUUACACGAGUCCAGCAUUGUAUCACAUACCCCAAUAAUAAUGACCAACCUAUGUUCGCUGUUUAAAACAGCUAUGUAAUUAUUGUUUAUACAAUAAAUAAUAAUAUAUAGUUUAGUUCUUGGUGACUGGUUGAUGAGAAAUUUAAUUCGUAUACAACAUUUUGUUUGAAUCUUACAUUAUUAUAUUUAAUUUAUCAAUAUUCGUGUUAAAUCUAUAACCAUGUUCAAAAUAAAUAUUUAAAACGUCAUCGACUAAAUAAGUACAUCAAGUUUCCUUAUUCAUUGUUUAUACUUGAUAUAUAAACUAUAAAGAAAUAAUAAAAGACAAGACCAAAAAGUAGGUAGAACUUGAAAAUGUUAUCUCAAUUGUUUUAUUUUAUUAUAAAUCGAAACGGCAUAGUUUAUGACAUAAGUUAUGUGUGUUCGUAUAUAUUAUUAUGUAUCUGUGUGUGUUUCUGAGAAAAAGUGAAAAUUGGUUAAUUUCCUCAAUAGUUGUUUGUGGUUAAACUGCAAAACAUUCUCUGUCUUAACUUUAAUAUAUUUUAAGUCAAAAUAUAAAAUGUAUAAAAACAUUUUUAAAAAACAUAAUAUAAUAUACAAAUAAUGUUAAAAUAUUGAUGCAGUGGGAUCUCGAUAAUUCUCAAGUCCCAUGGGUGUGAGAUAAUAUUCUAGCUAUCAAAAAUUAAAUACAAUAUAAUACAAUGUAUGAUGUAUUUUCUUAAACCAAACAUGAAAACAAAUUACUAGGUAUAAGCAGUUUAGUAUGAAAAAUAAAUAAAAGUAGGAAUAAAUCACUGCAGUUUUUAUUAUUUUCUAUUUUUUUUUUUUUAAGUAAUUUAUGGUAAGCUGUUUUUGAUUUUUGUAAUUCUAUUUUCAAACGAAUUUACAAAACAACAAAAUAUUUAAACCACAUUUUCGACAUACUCUCGCUGUGGUCUAAAAGUAGAUAUAUUUAAUAUACUUGCUUUAUUUAAUUUACCAAUUAUGAUUUUUCGUUUGACCGUCAGUUUUCCAGUUUCCUUCGUCACUGCUGCCACUAUAGCUUAGCAAAUAUGAUGACCACGGCGUUUCUCUGACCACGUAUUAUACUAUUGUGAUGGUUAAAUGUUUUCCUAACAGCUGUACCGUAGUGUAAAGAAGUCACUGAUAGCUACUUUUUAGUAAAACUCUGCGCUAUGCUCAUCUAAUCCCGUGGGCUUUGCGCACGCGUGACACACUAUUUUAUUGACGUGUAACGAUAAGUUUGAUUUUUUCCCAUUUUGUUUUUCUCGUCUGUUUAUAACAUUACAUGCGAUUAAAAGUUCGUCGAUCGUCCGAUAAGUUUAUGUUUGACUCGUAUAACCAAAUGGCUGAGAUUUGAUUAAACGUCUUAGGUUCGGCCGACUUGCCAAUCGUAAAAGGGAUUAAUUAGUCGGUACGCUACGCAUAUAUUUGCUUCUAAUAAUUUAUUAUAAAGAGCGACACGGUUUCUUGGUCCUGUUUACUAAACCACAACCCCUCCCAUCAAAACGAACAACUAGCUCCUUUCAAAGUCGACGUUUUGUCUGACAAGCACUCAUAAAAUAAACCCCCGUUUCAUCUAAACACUGGGAAUGUUUUCAAGUAUACCUACACAAACUAAAUAGUUCAAUAAGAGUAGGUAGGUACCUACUCGCAAACGGUACCUAUUAUAAUAUGUAGAACGUGGGUUACUCUAUACUGAGCGACGUCAAUAAAUA